UCAAAUCAUUCAGACAGUACUCGUACAAUGGCGUUAAGAAUUUUGUGUCUCCUCAGCCUUUUGGCAUUUUCUCAAGCCGGACUCCUGCCACUUUUUGAUCCCAGAAUCGUAAAUGGAGAAAAUGCGAGACUAGGCGAGAUUCCGUAUCAGGUUUCUCUUCAAUACACAGAUUUUUCCUUUCACUUUUGUGGCGGCUCAAUCCUGAAUGAUAAUUAUGUCAUCACAGCAGCUCACUGUGUUAAAAAUAUAGAAUCAUUUAAUAUAAAAGUUAUUGCUGGCACUAUCGAUUUAAGUAAACCAAAAUCAGAACACAACGUCAUAAAAGCCAUUAUACACGAAGAAUAUGAUUCUCAUAAUUCUUGGAUUAACGAUAUAGCUUUAUUGCAGGUCGAAACUCCUUUCAUAACAUCUAAGACUGUCGGGCAUGUUCCUUUGCCACCAAAAGGUUUUAAUGUUAAAACCAAUGAUGUAGCCAUUGUGUCGGGAUGGGGCAGACUCUGGCAAGAAGGACCAACCACUGUUAGACUACAACGAGUCAACAUCUUCAUCGCUGAUCACACCUACUGUCAAUAUAUAUACAAUAAAAUAAACUACAACGUUUAUCCCACGCAAAUUUGCGCAUAUGAUUCAUCAAUCGAAAAAGGAUCGUGUCACGGUGACUCUGGUGGCCCAUUGACUGUUGGAGGAAAACUCGUUGGAUUGGUAUCCUGGGCGAAUGGUUGCGCCAGCUCCUCUUACCCUACUGUAUACACGAAUGUCAUCGAGUACUUGGAUUGGAUUACAGCUAACGCAGUCUAAACUAAUCUAAAUUUUGCGUCUAUCAAUGAUUCAUACUCUCUCUUUCGUUUUGUAUAAUUUUGUAAUUAAAAUCCGGGGAAGAAGGAAUUUUUUUUUAAUGUAAAAGCCGAUAACGGUGUGUCAUAAGAUUGUACGUAAUAAGUGCCCUCAAAAUUCUGUAUAUAUUUUCAAAAUAAAUUAAUUCUUUCCGCAAGAAAACACUGAUGAAGUUAGUCUGCCUGUUAAAAGGCUGCAGCGAAGAAUUAUCGCGCGACAAGUGCCGUUCAUUUUAUCUAUCACGAUUAUUACGAAUCAAAAUCCAGAGAGACUUUGAUAUAAAGCUCCUGGUUAGUGCAAGAGGUCGGAUAGAACUUGGCUCUGUCGUGAAAUCAAUACGCCAUGACCGCGCGAGGCUCACGUGUUGCUCUUAUUUCCGGUAAUACUUGGUAGAGCGGAAGCGGUCAAUGCUCACAUUUUAACGAUAAUUGACAGUUAUAAUCAUAGCAGUCUGUAUUUGAUAAAAUAGAUCGUAAAUAAAAAAUAUUCGUUAAAC